CUUCCGCGUGACGUUGCGCACGUAGGGACAGGUGGUGCAGGCGAAGCGGUGGCAGCGCGGCCCCUCCUCGGCCACCAGCACGUUCCCGCAGGCCGGGCAGAAGAGCAGCAUCGCCGGUUCCGCCGCGCCGCCCGCCCCUUCCGGCGAUGGCGGCCGAGCAGCCGGCGGAGGAGCCGCCCGAGGAGCUGGCGCACGCCGAGGUGCUGGAGCUGUUCCAGGCGGCGCUGGCGCGGCUGCUGCAGGACCCGCUGCUCUGCGACCUCCCCCCGCAGGUGACGGCGGAGGAGAUCGGCUCGCAGGUGGCCCUGGAGUACGGGCAGGCCAUGACGGUGCGGGUGUGCAAGGCGGACGGCGAGACCGUGCCCGUGGUGGUGGUGCAGAACGCCUCGGUGCUGGAGCUGAAGAAGGCGCUGCGGAGGCACAUUCAGCUGAGGCAGGCCCGGCAGGGCGGUGUCCAGCACCUGAGCUGGAAGUACAUCUGGAGGACGUACCACCUAACGUACAAUGGAGAGAAGCUGGCGGAUGACAGGAAGAAGCUGAGAGAGUACGGCAUCAGGAACCGGGAUGAGGUCAGCUUCAUAAAGAAGCUCCGCAAGUAACCUUGGGAGAGAGCAGAUAAUCCAGCCCUACCAAGACCAGACUGUGGAUUCAGCACCUUCCUGGAGGAGAAGGCUGUCACACUUCAAAGAGGAGCAAACUCCACUGACUGGACAUUCUUGUGUUUUUACAGUUGCUGUUUGUGGUGUUUGCCUCUGAGCUGUAUGUGGAUUCCAAGGAUUAAAGAGGCCCUCUGGUUUU